AUGGUGCGCGUGGGCGUGACCGACGCGGACGUGGCGUCCGUGGCGCUGUACACGCCGCUGCCGUGGCCUAUGCGGCUGGACCUGCUGCCCUUCCUCUUCCUCUACGCCACGGCCGCGCACCUGUACGCGUCGCGGCCGGAGGACGACGUGGUCGCGUGGGUCUUCGGGGCGCUGAGCGUCUUCUGCCACGCGCUGGCGCUGCUGGGCGCCGAGUGGAGCGUGGAGGUGCGCUGCUGGAUGAGCUGCGCGCGGCUGACGGUCGUGGCGCCGCACGCGCGCGUCAAGAUGCUGGCCAAGGUGGAGCCGGCGCUCGCGAUGCUGCCCAAGCAGCUCUGCGACUGUCAGCUGGAGCUCGGCCAGCCCCAGGACAAGGGCAAGGACAAGCAGCUUAAGCCCAAGAUCAAGGGCACGCAGGUGCCGACGCUCUGGUUCUCGUACCAGAACCUCAAGUUCUGCCUGUACGAGGACGUGAAGACCAUCAACAAGGGGGACUCGCAGUUCCGCCGCCUCGACUUCCCGUCCACGGGCACGCUGCAGUCCUAUCUGCAGACGCAGGGCAUCGCGUCCAACGACGAGCUGCUGCGAGCUAGGGGCAAGUGGGGCAGGAACGACUUCGAGCUGCCCAUGCCCAAGUUCGCGGAGCUGCUGAAGGAGCAGCUCGUGGCUCCGUUCUUUGUGUUCCAGUUCUUCUGCAUGCUGCUCUGGUGUCUGGACGAGUACAUGUACUACUCGCUGCUGACGCUGCUCAUGCUCGUGAUCUUCGAGUGCACGGUGGUGAAGCAGCGGCAGCAGAACAUGGACACGCUGCUGCACAUGCGGCGCCCUCCGCAGCCUUGUCUGGUUUUCCGACUGGGUCGCUGGGUCCAGGUGUCCAGUGACGAGCUGGUUCCGGGGGAUGUCUGCUCUGUCGGACACAAUGAGCGCGACACGGUGGUGCCGUGCGACUUGCUGCUGCUUCGAGGAAACUGCGUGGUGAACGAGUCCAUGCUCUCCGGCGAGUCUGUUCCGUUGCGGAAGGAGGCGGUUGGCGCCUCCAUUGUGAACGACGCGGAAAAGCUGAAGAAUCUCGAGGUUGAUGACGGAUCUAGUAUGAAGCACAAGCGGCACGUCUUGUUCGGAGGCACUAAGGUUCUUCAGCACACAACACCAUCGUCGAAGGAUUCUCUCCGUGUAUCUGCACCCCCUGAUGGAGGUUGCGUCGGAUUCGUGCUCCGAACGGGCUUUGGUACCACCCAGGGAAGUCUGAUGCGAACUAUUUUGUACUCGUCGCAGCGCGUGACGGCAAAUAACACGGAGGCGAUGUGGUUUAUCGUCCUCCUGCUCAACUUUGCUGUAGCCGCAGCGGCAUUUGUGCUCGCGCAGGGCAUCAACGACCCGACACGCAACCAGUUCAAGCUGUUCCUUCACUGUAUUAUGAUCAUCACUUCGGUUGUGCCACCCGAGCUCCCGAUGGAACUGUCGUUAGCAGUGACGAACUCCCUGAUUGCGUUGACGAAGAGCAACAUCUACUGCACCGAGCCUUUUCGGAUCCCUUUUGCCGGACGCAUAGACAUUUGCUGCUUUGACAAGACCGGCACAUUAACCAGUGAUGAGCUCAAGCUGCAUGGAGUAGCUGGCUUGGAAGCGCAUCACCGCGGUGAACUGGACAUUAUUGCUCCUGAACAGCUCCCUCUUGACACGGAGUUAGUUCUGGCGGGUUGCCAGUCAUUGGUGCUACUUAACGGCCAUGUCGCUGGAGAUCCGCUUGAGAUGACUGCUGUCCGGAGCAUUCAGUGGUGCUUGACAAGCAGCGAAGACGGGCAAGAGGGGCUUCCAAGUGUUCAACCUUCCUUCUUCUCAGACCGUCGGGGCGAGAUUCAAGCGGUUGACAUUUUGCACAGCUUUACUUUCUCUUCCGAGCUCAAGCGCAUGACUACUGUGGUUUGUGUGCGGAAAGCUGAUAACGAUGAGCAAGAUGAGCAGAGAGUGCUGACAAAGGGUGCCCCUGAAGUGCUGGAAUCACUCUUGAGCAAGAAGCCUACGUACUAUCGCCGUGUGCACCGCCACUAUGCAUCUAAAGGAUGUCGUGUCUUGGCACUGGGCUUCCGCGUGCUGUCUGUGGAGAAUUCCCCUGAUGAGCUGCGCCGGAAACCCCGUCACGAAUUGGAGAGUGAUCUUACGUUCGCAGGUUUUCUUAUCAUGGACUGUCCGCUGAAGGACGACACAAAGCGAACGAUCCGGGAGCUCAUGAUCGCCAAGCACAAAGUUACCAUGGUCACUGGAGAUAACCCUCUCACGGCAUGUGAUGUAGCCCGACAAGUCGGCAUCAACGCAGGAUAUUCCAAGCUACCCCUGGUUUUGACGCCUAAUGCGGAAACAGAAACGGUGGAGUGGAAAUCCAUUGACGACGGGUCGCCUGACAUCGAAGUGGAGACUAUUCCUUUUAACGUGGACGAGGUCGAGAAGAUGCAAGUCCAGUAUGAUAUGUGUGUGACUGGCGACGCCAUGGCAAUGCUCUUCAAGCAGCAGGAGAACGAAUGUGCAGAUAAUGCGGCUGUGCUGGAAGGUUUCCUCGCUGUUCUUGAAAAGAUGUGUCUUUGUGCCACCGUGUUCGCUCGCACGUCACCCCAGCAAAAGGAGCAUCUCAUCAUGGCAAUGAAUCGGUGUGGCAAGACAACAGCAAUGUGUGGAGAUGGUACCAACGAUGUGGGCGCCUUGAAGCAAGCCCACAUCGGUAUUUCGAUUGUGAAUUCGUCCAGCACUGACCACCCUCCCCAUGUGGGUGCUAGGGGUGCUGGUAAUGCUACUGAUCAAAGUGGCCUUCGCCACCGCCGACAACCUGGACGUCGGGACCACUCCGUACAAGAGUUGCAGCAGUCCUUGUACGGAAGUGACGAUUCCCAGAUUGUACGUUUGGGGGAUGCUUCCAUCGCAUCGCCGUUCACGUCGAAGAGCUCGAGUAUCCGAGUGAUCAAGAAACUGGUUCGCCAGGGACGAUGCACACUAGUGACCACCAUCCAGAUGUACAAGAUUCUUGGCAUCAAUUGCCUUAUCACGGCAUACUACCUGAGCUCUCUUUUCAUCCACGGUGUGAAGAACGGGGAUCAGCAGCUCACGAUUUCGGGGUUGUCUAUCGCGAUGUUCUUUUUGUUCCUGUCGCGAGCGAAGCCGGCCCGGAAGCUCUCGCACCAACGUCCACCGUCUGGAGUGUUCUGCCUGUCCGUGAUGGUGUCGAUCUUUGGGCAAUUCGUGAUUCAUCUAGCGUUUUUGGCGGCUGCUCUCCACGUCGCCCAGCCUUUCAUUCAGCCUGGAGAUCCAGCAAUGCAUCCGGAUGGAAACUUUACUCCGAAUGUGGUCAACAGCAUCAUGUUCCUCAUGUCGUCGGUCAUGCAAGUGAACACGUUUGUGGCCAACUACCGGGGGCAGCCAUUUAUGGAGGGGUUCUGGGAAAACAAGUUGCUCUAUCGCAGCGCUCUCUUCAACUACGCUGUGCUUGCAGUGAUCAUCGCAGAGGUGUUCACGCCUAUCAACGCGAUGCUGGAGUUGGUGGCGAUGCCGAACCAGGAGGUAACGAGUCUGUGCUGGAACUAG